UUUGCAUUCUCUUUUGUUUGCUGUGUAACCGCCAUCAACAAGCCGCUAAAGAGAGUUUAAAUUUUAUUGAAAGUUUAUUGGUAAAAAAAACCUGUAAAGUGACAUUUUAUUAAGAAAUACGCUUAUAAUUUAAUAUUCACAGUAACAUGAACAAAUUUAAUAUUAUUUAUGAUGAGUAUAUACAAAAUAUGCAAGAGUUUCUAAAGAAUAGUGAUGCUCUUAGACAACAAAAGUUCAAAACUAUCGAAAAGGCAAAUGAAAAGUUUUUGAAAAGCAUUCAGACAAGUUUAACUAGGGGAGAAUAUGAUGAAAAUCUUUCUACAGGUUAUGUCAACAGUAUCUCAACAACCCAUAACAGGUUUCCAAAAUCGACGUUAGCUGAUAUUACUGAAGAUAUUCUUCAGGUUCAGGUCAAAACAGAAAAAAAAUCGGAUCAAUCUGCCGAUUCAGUUUUUUUGGGAAAGGAGAUAAAGGAGGAAAUGCCGGCCCCGGCGUGGAUCCCUCCCAAAAAGAAAGAAAAGGUUGAAACAACUACCAGAAUUACCAGAUCUACAAGGACUAAAGAUUGUGGUAUGACCGGAAGGAAUUCAGACAUCAUUGUAGAAAUUCCUAAAAUACCUUUUAUAUCAAUAUCGGAUACUGAUGAUUCAGAUGGUGAAAAAUCAGAGAAUCUGCGAAGAACGCGAGCGAAAACUCAAACAAUUCCAUUUCCUCAAGCUGUCGAUGAUGAUGCUGACUCAAAUAAGGAAGUAUCUAAGAAAACAAAGUCUGUUCACCAUCAAGAAAGCACUGGGAGCCCAAACGAAGAAAAUUAUAGAAGUAAAAGAACCAAAACUUUGAGAAAAGGUAAAGUUCCUGAAAAUGCUUUACAGGUGAACCGUACUACAGAAGUUGUUAAAGAAAAGAGAACUACUAUAACACAGAAUGAAAAAGUAGAUGAAAAUAUAGUUAGAACUACAAGGACAAAAACGUUACAGAGAAACAAAGAUAAGGGGAUUGAUUUAAAAUCACAGAAAAAUGAUACAGAAUCAAAGGUACUUCAGUCAAAAGCAGAAAAUCACCAACUAAAAUCUCAGCAAAAAAUGUUACGAGAGUCUGAGGAAAAAACCACAACAAAUCGGGGUGUCAAAUCAAAGCGAAGAAAUAUUUCAGAUGAAGGGGCUAGUACAUAUAAUAAAAAAUCCAAAUCUAACUCUCCCAUUCGUAAUUCUGGGUUAAAUGGUACUACUCUGACUGAAUAUGAAGAUGCUAGAUCAUCUGUUGGAAAGUCAGAAAAUACUGCUCAAAAUACUAAUAAUAUGCUAAAUGUUACUUAUGAGUGUAAAAUACCGAACACAAAUGAACAACUUUCUCAAUUUGAUGUUAAGAGCGACACUGAAAGUGCGCCCAGAAAACCAAAAUAUGAUAUUUUUGGAAGCCAUACUCCUGCUUUGGUUGAAGUUGAUGGAUCUAAGGCCAAUAGUAUACAACAAAAAAAUAUCACGUCCAAACCGGCAAAAGAGAUUUUCAGCCCGUAUGCAAAAUCAACUACAAAGAAAAAAGUUGAAGCUUUUGAAAAAUUACAGUCAGCGAUUUCGGUUCCAAAAAAAAACACAGCAAUAAAAACCUCUAAUGUAACACCAAUUGCGGCAAAAGAGCAGGGUAAAAUUUUAACUUCUGCUGACAAAUUCAUUCCAUCCAAUUCCGGUUCAUCCAAAAUAUCAAAGUUAAUUAGCCAUCAAUACAAUGCAAUGAGCCGUGAAAAUUUGAUAGGCAUGAAGAAAACACAGAAAGAACUCGGAGAUAAACAUGUAAAAAAUCAAGAAAGGGAACUCGCUCAAAAGAAAAAGGAGGCUAUGUUGCAGGCAUCUUCAGAAGCUAAAAAAAAACUUAAUGAAGAAAAGCAAUUAAAAGUCCUACAGCAACGUAAAAUGAUCGAAGCUGAAAAGCAGAAGUUGAUAGAGAUGCAAAAAAUGAAAGAAGAGAGAUUAAGGCAGAGGGAAGCACAGAGGGAAGAAUCUGCACUGAAACAAAAGUUGGAAAAUGAAAGAAGAUUACUUGCAAAAAAGAAGUUGCAAGAAACUCAGAUGCAAACAAAAGCGAAUCAGGAAAAACGUGCUCCAGUAUACAUGACUAUGCAAGCCCCUAAACUGCCUACAAAUGAUUGCUAUGAUUCAGAUGAUCCCGAUUAUAAAAAUGUCGUUCCACCGAGUUGGUGUGUGGGAGAGGCCGCUAGAAUGACUCAAUUGAUCAUGCUUACAGCGGGAGGGACCAUCAAGAAUACACUAUUUUCUCGACACGCUCAAACUCCUAAUUUGCAGGAUAUCUUUGAGACCAUCGAUCCAAAAAAAUUAAAGAGGUCAUCCAGUCAAUUAUGGCGACAACCGCCUCGAUAUACUAUGAUGCCAGAGUUAAAUGAUACAAAGUUUAGUGAUGAUGAGGAUUAAACAACUUAUAGUAUUUAACAUAUCAAAAUGCUUUAUUUUAAUAUCUAACAAACUCCUAAAACAUAUUUGUAUAUUUUUUUCUAAGUUUUGAAUAAAGAUAAUGAAAUAUUUAUAGAUAAUGAUUUGCUGAAUGAAAGGAUACAGACUGGCCUUUGUAAUGUUAAAUCAACUAGAUAACUAUUUAAGUGCAGAACAAAAAUUAAGUUUCAAGAGUUUGAUGUGAAAAAGCUGGCCAGUGUUUAAUAAAGCAGUGACAAGUUUAUCAAGGUGUAAAUCUUUUUUUUU